CAAAAAUAAAGUAAAAAAUUCCAUUGUACUUUGUGCACAGAGAGACGGCCAAACUUUUAGCUCCUUAUAUUCCUACCAACAAUUCGACCGAAACCCAACCCACCAAUUAACCCAUGGCUAGCCUCUGGCGGGCCGUGUCGGGCCAAACUAAUCAGCUCAGCGACUACGACGGCGUCGAGUUCUGGUCAAACCCUGAGCGAACCGGCUGGUUGACCAAACAAGGCGAGUACAUUAAAACGUGGCGUCGCCGAUGGUUCGUUUUAAAACAAGGCAAACUCUUCUGGUUUAAAGAGUCAACUGUCACACGCGCCUCUAGGCCACGUGGCGUCAUCCCAGUGGCCUCCUGUCUCACAGUGAAAGGAGCCGAAGAUGUUCUUAACAAGCAGUACGCUUUUGAGCUGAGUACGAGGAGCGAGACGAUGUACUUCAUCGCCGAUUCGGAGAAGGAGAAGGAGGACUGGAUUAACUCAAUCGGACGUUCGAUAGUUCAGCACUCGAGAUCGGUGACGGAUUCGGAGAUCGUUGAUUACGAUAGCCAGAAACGAUAGCGGCAUAUGUGGGUCAAAUGUCGAUCACUUGAUCAGGCAGUGCCUUUCUAGUGAGAUUUUGGAGAUUCAGAUCUUCCUUAAACAUGUCACGGUUGGUCUCUUUGAUGUAAAUAGUUCUAGCAGAAAUAUCCGAUAACUUACGUAUCUCCCUGCAUAGACUCCUGUUCACACAUACCGUACUCUGCGGUGAAAUUUAUAUUAAAUUGAUGA